UGCGCAUCACAAAGUGACAUCGAGUCUCAAACUCCCUCAUUCAAUGAUCGUCGAUCGGCUUAUGCACGUCAAAUAACUACAAAGCCAACUAGUUUCUUUUACCACCUGCCAGCGCGAUGCCUUUCUCUCUUACCUCUUUCCUUCACGACGCAUUGUUGAGCAUCAAACAAAGGCCUUUCGUCCAUAUGGCGGAACCCAACAAAUACAUUCACGGGGUCAUCGAGACGGACCCAUUCCCCCGGUCCAUCAAAAGCUGGUUUGACUUUAUUGCUGGGACGGUGCCAUCCCACGGUGAUGACGGUGAUCGUCUCGGCGCGUUGCAAUCAUGCCAAGUUGUCCGGGUGGAACACUAUCGUGCUCGGGGGCUCAUCUCCCACGAACUUGUCGCAGUGCAUGUAAUAUCCGGCGAUGAUGAAAGGGUUAAUCAAGGAAACACAGAUUCGAGGGUAUUGGUCUUGGAACGCUCCAAGCAAGAAACCUCAUCCGAGACUUCCAUAGAGCAAGUCUUGCGCUCGAUGAGAGAAGUCAAAGGCAAAAAUACCGGAAAUGCCGACUACAUUACGAUCGGGUCCUCUCUCAAAGGUGUCAUUCGUGGUGAAGACAAGUACCUCCUUGUUCAGGCCUUCGACGUACCCCCCCGAAUAAUAGAUGUAAUCGACAUUGCUGCUCUCGUCAAUUCCAUCACUUGCUGCGCGAAGAAUUAUUCGCUCUUCCACUACAUGUGUAUGUGGUGGGCUGCCAUGUUUUUUCAGACGUGUGUCCGCCUUUGCGACCCCGGACAUGCCCUCAAAAUCGAACAAGGGCCACUAUACUCCCUGCGGGGAAUGGUUGGCUCUGUUCGCUUUGUUGAUGAUGACUGCUCAUUAAUCCCGUUGCCACCCGCUGACACCGUGACUCUCAGUGUCAUCAUGAAGGAUAUCAUUCGAGACAUGGGUCAGGGUGGUGUUGACAAGGACAUCAUCACUCUUUUUGAGUCUGUGCUCGAGGCAGACAUCAAGGCGAUGAAGGACGAAAAUCUCGGACAGCCUCCAGUACAACACAUGUUAGCCGCCUGCAAGACCCUCUCUGCAGGCAUCCGUGCCACUUUGCAGUCCAUGAAAGAGAAAAAAAGACAAACGCAGACGUGAAGUCGAGGAGCAGAGUCGCGAGGUUGAAGAAUGCAGUCGCCGAGUAGAAGAGCGGAGCCGUGAGGUUGAAGAACGCAGUCGCGAGGUUGAAGAACGCAGUCGCGAAGGCAGUCGCGAGGGUCGAGGAAGGCAGGCGCGAGGUUGAGGAAGGCAGGCGUGAGGUCGAGGAAGACAGGCGCAAGG